AUACUCUAUGCACAAAAAAGAAGAAAGUAGAGGCCCCUUUUUGAAAACUCGACGCUUGAAUCUCCUAAACAUGGUGAAAAUUAUGAAACGGAGAACUGGAAUUUUAUCAGCAAAGAGCACGAGCCUCAAAACCCCGCCUAAAUCUCAAGAAUCAGAAGAAAUAUACAUGUAAUUUUUUAGCGCUGCUCGUCGCGAGGAUCCCACAUAAUGUUCUCGAUUGCAGCCAUUAACGACACUGACUCUCGAAAUCAGUGGCAGCCAUUAGCACCGACGAAAGAAGCGCAGGAGUUCCAUUUAUCACAAUUAUAUCAUGAUGGACUUUUGAAGUUACAAGCUAAGGACUAUGAGAAAGCUCGUGAACUUUUAGAGUUGGUGUUAAAAGAUCCAUUGGUAACAAAUGCACAGGUGGAAAAUAAUGCAAGCGAUGGUCAUCUUUUACAACUCAGAUUUUUGGCACUAAAAAACCUUGCCACAGUUUUUCUUCAACAAGGCCCUUCCUACUAUGAGAGUGCUUUGCAUUGCUAUCUCCAAGCUGUAGAGAUUGAUAGCAAAGAUUCUGUUAUCUGGAACCAAUUAGGAACAUUAUCUUGUUCCAUGGGAUCAUUAAGCAUCUCGCGUUGGGCAUUUGAGCAGGGACUAGUUUGCAGCCCUAGUAAUUGGAAUUGCAUGGAGAAACUCCUGGAGGUUCUAAUUGCAAUUGGUGAUGAGGUGGCUUGUCUUUCUGUUGCAGAACUAAUAUUAAGGCAUUGGCCAUCUCAUUCUCGCGCUUUGCAUGUCAAAAGUACCAUCGAGGACUCUGAACCAAUUCCAUUUACCCCAAGAGGUAUAGAUAAACUAGAACCAAAACAUAUAAGGCUGAAGUUUCCAGAGAAGAGAAAAGCUAUUAAUGAGGAUAUGGACUUAGAUAGGACCACAGCAUCUAAAAAGUUGAAGCAAAACAUUGAAGUCCAACUUUCGGAAGCCUCCUGGAUAGCUCUUGUUGGUGAACUACUGGAGAUCUUACGCCCAUUUUCUGCAUCUGGCUCUGAACUGAAAACUGAGACGUAUAUAUCCAGGGAUAUUAGACUAACCAUAAAGUUGCCUUCAUCUGCACCAAAAUCAACAGGUGCUGUUGGAGCUAAAGGAUUUACAUGCAUGCCAGCUGGUGCAGGCAUGCCUUUUGCCAAUUGCAACUCUGCAAAUGAGAAGGAAGGAACUGCAUUUGAAGAACAGCCUCAAGAGAGACGAAGCAGUCGCCUUGAAAGGCUUAGGAGUCGUAAACCAGGUAAAGAAGAAUCGGAUUUGCCCCCCAGUAAGGAGCUUGCUAAAGUUGUGAAGCAAUUUCUGGUGCCUUAUUUGGUGGAUGGACCUGGAACUAUAAAUUGCAAUCAAGACUCUGAUCCUGCUUUUCAUUGUGUUGAAGUAUUGGCUAAUUCACCUGAGUCAGAAUCUACGGAUGUUAUUGAAUUUGUCCAGAAUACUUCCAAUAAUUUUGGUGCUUACCACAUGUGUCACUUGCUUUUAGAGAAAAUUGCAAAUAGAACUAUUUUACACCAGAAUAGUAUUGCCAGAAUUUUGGACUUAGAGAAGGAGACAAGACAUUGGGGACAUGAAAGAACUCCUGAAUGUAGUCUUUUUCUUUCAGAACUAUACUAUGAUAUGGGAUUACAGUCUUUUGAAACAUCAACAACAUGCAGUUUCAUGUCCGAGGCAUCCUACCAUCUCUGUAAGAUUAUAGAAUCUGUAGCUCUGGAAUAUCCUUUCCAUAUUACUGCCAUGGAUGAGAAAAACAAUUGCUCUAUCAUAGAUGUUUCUGGACAUAAUAAAAAAUUGCCAAUGGACAACUCAUCUUUGUUGAGGGGCAAUCAUUGCUUCUGGAUACGCUUUUUUUGGAUUAGUGCACGCUUAUCUCUGUUGGAAGGUGACAAAGGAAAGGCUCAAAAAGAACUUUCUAUUGUAUUAGCCCUUUUCAUGGACAAGGAUAAGAUGAACACUCCUCUUGGUUCUAUUUGCCUGCCACACUGCAAAGUAAUUAAAAAACUGACAGUGGACAGGGUCCUCCAUGAAAUAAAUUUGAUUGAGGUUGAUUAUUUGUUGAAGAAGUCUGUUACUGAGAUGCUUGAGAAAAGCAUGCACUCAGAGUGUACUAAUGUGCUUGCUCCUCUUUUAUUAUCAGCGGAGGAUGUCCAUUUCGAUGUGUUAUAUGACUGGGAUAAUGAAGGUAAAGGAUUUAACUCAGUUGAGCUCUCUGCAUUAGAUGCUUUGAUCAGAUCAUGUGAACUUGCAGAACAGAUGGAUGUUGAUGUCUAUUUGAAUUGUCAUAGAAGGAAACUCCAAAUACUUUUAGCUGGAGCUGGUCUGGAAGGCAGUUCCCUUAAUAAUACACCUGGUUUAAUUUCAUCAUCAGAAAGUCAAUCAAAAGAAAGCUUACGCAAGCAUUGGAGUCAUUUAGUUGCUGAAGAGGUCGAGGCUAUUUCUCAAUCUGCAUCAAGAAUCAAGAGCAUCAUCAGCUCCAGUGAGAAUUCUAAAAAAGUUCCUGUGGCGGCUAUUGGUGGCAUCCAGUCCUUACUGCUAACGUUUUUGUGCGAUAUUGCUAAUUCCUGCUUUGCUAAAAAGUCAUUUGGGCUUGGUGGUCUGGAAUCAAUUGAGCAAGCUGAACAAUGCUAUUUUGUAGAUACUGCUAUUGCAUUCUGCAAACUACAACACUUGAACUUUAGUGUUCCGAUCAAAUCUCAAGCCGAGUUGAUUGUAGCAAUCCAUGAUAUGCUUGCGGAGUUUGGGAUCUGUUGUGCACGAGGGAACGGUGAAGAACAAGAAGGGACAUUCUUGAAGCUUGCAAUUAAGCAUCUUUUGGCCUUAGAUAUGAAGCUUAAAUCUGAUAUUCACUCUCUGAAUAAGGGAAAAGAAACAAAGUUUGAUCAACAGACUUCCAAGGAUGAUCAGCUCCAUCCUGGAGGAUCUCCAAAUGAACCACGCUCCAAUGUGCUUGACGUGGAAAUAAGCAAAACUGACAAGGAUGAAGCCUGUUCAUUAGGAAAAGAUGCAAUUGAAAGUGUAAGUGCAGGCGUUUCUUCUCAUUUAGAUAAAGAGGCAACAGUGAUAAAUUCCAACAGUAAUGUUGGUUAUGGACCUGAUUGCGUGUCCAGCAAUGGAGAAAUGGAGAACAAUCAAACUAUUGAGUGUGAGAGUGAGCUAACUGAGGAUGAGAGGGAGGAACUUGAGCUCAUCAUUGAUAAUGCUUUAGAUCAAUGUUUUUACUGUUUGUAUGGUUUAAAUCUAAGAUCAGAUUCAUCUUGUGAAGAGGAUUUGGUAAAGCAUAAAAACACAAGCCAGGGAGAUUAUCAGACUAAGGAGCAGUGUGCCGAUGUUUUCCAAUAUAUACUUCCAUAUGCGAAAGCUUCAUCUAGAACUGGACUGAUUAAACUUCGGAAAGUUCUAAGAGCCAUACGCAAACAUUUUCCUCAACCACCUGACACUGUUUUGGCUGGAAAUGCAAUUGAUAAGUUCUUAGAUGAUCCAGGAUUAUGUGAAGAUAAGCUCUCAGAGGAGGCUGGGUCUGAGGGUUUUCUCGACACCAUGAUGAAGAUUAUGUUUUCAGAUAAUGAACCCACCAAACAGCAGAACUCAUCAUCACUGGAAUGCCCUGACCCAUACCAGGAAGUUUAUCGCAAUUUGUAUUAUCUUCUUGCACAGUCUGAAGAAAUGAGUGCAACUGAUAAAUGGGCUGGUUUUGUUCUAACUAAAGAAGGGGAAGAAUUUGUAGAGCAUAAUGCAAAUCUCUUCAAGUAUGAUUUAUUGUACAAUCCCAUGCGCUUUGAAAGUUGGCAGAGGCUUGCAAAUAUAUAUGAUGAGGAGGUCGACUUGCUGCUGAAUGAUGGGAGUAAGCAAAUUAAUGUAUUGGGUUGGAGGAAAAAUGCUACUCUGCCUCAGAGAGUUGAGACUAGUCGAAGGAGGAGCAGAAGAUGUUUACUGAUGACUUUGGCCCUGGCAAAGACAGCAACUCAACAGGGCGAGAUACACGAGCUAUUGGCAUUAGUAUACUAUGAUGGUCUGCAGAACGUGGUACCAUUUUAUGAUCAAAGAUCUGUUGUACCCUUAAAAGAUGAAGCAUGGAAAAUGUUCUGCCAGAACUCGAUGAGUCAUUUUAAGAAAGCCUUCAAACACAAGGAAGAUUGGUCUCAUGCAUUUUAUGUGGGGAAACUCUGUGAGAAACUUGGAUACUCUUAUGAUGCAUCAUUCUCAUAUUAUGCCCAGGCUAUUGCUUUGAAUCCAUCUGCUGUUGACCCAUUCUACAGAAUGCAUGCAUCACGGCUGAAGCUACUCUACAAAUGUGGGAAGCGAAAUGAAGAGGCUUUAAAGGUUGUUGCAGCACAUUCCUUUGCUAAAUCAGCCAAGGAAACUGUAACAAGUAUUUUUGACGGACUUGGCUGUGAAAGUUCGGAGUCAGCAGUUCGUGUCGAGGAUGGAAAAGCCAGUAGCAAUUCUAAGGUUGUAGACUUCCAUAAACUUGAAAAUGCGUGGAAUCUGCUUUACUGUGAUUGCCUUUCUGCCCUUGAAACUUGUGUAGAAGGAGAUCUUAAGCACUUCCACAAAGCGAGAUAUAUGCUUGCUCAAGGACUGCACAGGAGAGGUGGGACUGGGGAUCUAGAGAAAGCGAAAGAGGAACUUUCUUUCUGCUUUAAGUCAUCCCGAUCCUCAUUUACAAUAAAUAUGUGGGAGAUUGACAGUAUGGUCAAGAAAGGAAGACGCAAGAACCCAGGCCCCUCUGGGAACAAGCGAUCUCUUGAAGUUAACCUAGCAGAAAGUUCCCGUAAAUUUAUAACUUGCAUCAGGAAGUACAUACUGUUCUAUUUGAAGUUGUUGGAGGAGACUGGAGAUGUCUCUACCCUUGAUCGGGCUUACAUCUCUCUUCGGUCAGAUAAAAGGUUCUCCUUGUGCCUUGAAGAUCUUGUGCCAGUCUCUCUUGGGAGGUUCAUUAAGACCUUAAUUAUGUCCGUAUGUCAAGAUGGUUCUGGCUCUUGUACUGAUCCGGACCAUGCUGAACAUUUGCUAGAGAAACUAUUCAAUUUGUUCUUGGAGCAGGUCAACUUGUGGUCAGAUAUUUGGAGUUUGCCUGAGCUGAAGAGUCUAGAAUUGACAGAAAGCAGCCUGUAUGGAUAUAUCUAUCAAUACAUACAGCUACUGGAGAGAAAUGUCAAGGUAGAAACACUUGAAGCAAUAAAUGAGAAGAUUCGGAAGCGAUUGAAGAAUCCAAAAUUGUCUAAUAGUAACUGUGCCAAAGUAUAUAGACAUGUUUCUGCUGCCUGGUGUAGAUCUCUUGUCAUUAGUAUGGCUCUGAUUACACCCUUGCAUUCAAGACUCUCGACUGAGAUUCGUGGUCUUAAUUUAUCUGGUGGUGCACUCGAAAGCGAACAACUGCUCUGUGUUGAUCUACAAACAGAGGAAUUAUGGAGUUCGGCAUUUGAGGAUCCAAAUCAUCUCAAGAAUCUUGAAACUAAAUGGAACCCUUCACUCUCUAAGAUCAAGAAUGUUAUCAUCAAGAGAGUUUCAGAUGAAGAUUUGGAAGCUGCAGCCACACUGCUUAGAUCUUCAUACAAUUUCUACAAGGACACCUCGUGUGCGUUGCUUCCAUCUGGUAUAAACCUUUAUAUGGUACCAGCACAGUUGGCUGCAGAAACUUAUAUCCAGCCAGGCAUUGAUGGAGUUGACAUACUUGAUAUGAAUACUUCACGAAAGCUUCUUUUAUGGGCUUACUCCCUUCUCCAUGGGUACUGCACAAACGUCUCACAUGUCAUCAAGUACUGUGAAGAGAAUGCAAAGUCAAGGAUGAAAAAAGGAGCAGGAGGCUCGUCCACCCCUUCAAAUGCCCACAUGCAAACUCCCACUGCUUCUCAAGGAGGUGGAACUAAAGAUGCGAUUGGUAAAACAAACGAACAGGAAGUUCACUCAUCGCUCCCUCUCACUACUGCUUCAUUACCAGAGACCCAUAGCAGCCAUAAACUAGAGACGGGGAGCACACAGAAGGAACCAUCCACUUUGGCACAGAAUGAGACAACACAGCAUUGCGCAAGAGAUUCUCUGGUUGAAAAAGACAGCAAGCGCAUGGCGGGUUCUGAUCCUAAGCCUGGAACUGGGAACACUUCCAGUGUGCCAUCUGCAUCAGUAGCGCCCCUUUGUGGGGAAUUCAAUAACCCGACUGGUGCAUCUUCCGACGAGAAAAGAAAAAUCUCAUCAGCUACACCAAAUCUGCUUCAGUGCAGUAACAAUCCUUUUGUUGAAAGGAGCAGUUCGGAGCUGCGGAAUGAUGCAGAUAGGAGGAGCUGAGUAUGAUUUAUUCUGAAUUUGAAUAGCUCUAUAAAAUCAAGUGCCUGUUCAAAUUCAGUCAACUAUUAGUACAUCGGAAUAUGCCCUGCGUUCAGUGAGCUUGUUGUACAACACAUCUUUUCAUAGAAACGUUUAAUAUAGAGAAAUUCCGCAAUGAACAGAAUACUAAAAAUUAUGUGAAAUUAUAGUAUAAAGUGUAUAUGGUCAUUGAAA